ACACACAAUGUUCAUUUGACGGGAUCAUUUCCUGAACAUGAUGUGUGCUGCGCUGUCUCCAGGUCACUUUCCAGUGUGUCACAUCCUUCUGGACGAGGGGGGCAGGAAAUGGCAAACUCCCACUAUGAGGCAAAGCAUUCCCACUGCAGCAAUUGGUUCGUGGGAACUAUAAAUUGGGGUUCAUCCAGAAACAGCAUAAAAUUUGUCCUUGGUAAGAUUGGCUGGAAACGAAAGGUGCUUACAAAUUGAUUGUUUGAUCAUUUAUUCUACUAUCUUCCCAUUCAAAUUCACCCUAGAAACAUGGUUCUCAACAUUUUUCAUACAGUGACAAUAGAAAAAUGUUUCAGGAUCUGACUCCCAACUAACCUUAAAGAAAAAGAUGAUGGAUGCGGGACCCUCCUGAAACAUGUUUGCAACUCCCCAUGGGGAACCUAACCUCCACUGAGAAUCCAUGUCCUAGGGAUUAUCCCUCUAGACUUCACCUCAUCAGUCUCUGUAUUCACCACCUUUAAACAGAAAGGACCCAGGAUAAAUCCCAUAGGAUCUCCAUCAAGGAACAGGUGUCUGGGAUUCACCUCCUUGGUACCUGCACUACCUUGAAAUAGCAGACUGGGCCUUGAACCAAUCCUCAAACACACACUCCUAAGACUGACUGGCUGAGUAAAGCCCAUCUGUUUGUAUUUCCUGACAGGGCCAUGGAGAGAAAUGCUAUAACCUUUCCUCCAGCACUGGACCCUACACGCCACUUCCAAACGCUGCUGCUGAAUCAGAGAAGCCGGCUGCAUGGCCAGAUCAGGAAGCUUCGCGAGAUUGCACGAAACAUCAACAAGCUGCGCAGGCGAUCCUUGAUUGCAAACAUCACUGGGAGUUCCCUGAGUGCAGUAGGAGCAAUCACCGCCAUCGUAGGGCUCUCCUUGAGCCCCGCCACUUUAGGAGCAUCUCUCCUGGCUUCUGCUGUGGGCCUGGGCGUAGCCUCUGCCGGAGGGGCUGUCAAUGUCACUUCCGAUCUCUCCUUAGUGCUCUCUAACUCCAGGGAACUGAGAAGGGUGCAGGAGAUCGCAGUGAACUGUCAGAACCAGAUGAGGGAAAUCCUGAGCUGCCUAGAAUUCCUCCACCGUGGACAGGGCCCAAUGGACCCCCUGUUGCUCCAGUCAGAGAAAAACGCUUCCAUCUCGCUGUACAAUUCCAUCUGCUUCAUGGUAUUCUACGGUUCGCGCAACUUUCUUGUGCCAGAGUACACGAGGGAGGUCACAAAGGUGAGCCAAGCUGUGCUAAAGGCGAAAAUCCAGAAACUGGCUGAAAACCUUGAGUCCUGCAUCAGAGCAAUGGAUGAAGUCUGUGAACUCUUAGAAUCCAGAGCAGAACUUUCCUCCAACACAAGAAACCCCAGCUCAAGUGCCAGGAUCACUGUCAAACCCCAGGGAUCAUCCAGCUGAAACAGCCAGAACUAAAAGUGGGGUUAGAGAUGCUGUAUUAUUCACUAUUUUGAUUACAGUUGUUAUUUUUACAAGUAUUUGUGGCACCCAUCCCCACAGCUGAGAACAAGUUACAAGGUUCUGAUUUAAAUAUGACAGCAAACAUGUCCCUAAAAGGGAGCUGAUGCUUUUACCUCCCUGCAGCACUGAACUAAAAUUUGAGGUCAUGAUGGAGAUCUAGUCUGUAGGGUAAAUGACAGGAAUGACUCCAGAGCCUACAUUUAGUGGAAGACCAGUAGGGUAAAUGCUGGAUUAAAGGCUAAUCUGCCCAAAUUUCCUUGGCUCCUAUCUGGUGCUGCUCCAUGAUGGCAGAGAGGAAUGGUUCUGGAGUUAGAUCAAAAGACUGCUUGCCUGGUCUUGCUCCCUGGUUGUAAAUAACCUGUGAAUUCUUCUUCUCAUAGAGGUAAAGGGAGUGAGAUCUAUUGAUAUAUCUUUCAGGGUAGCAGCCGUGUUAGUCUGUAUCCUCAAAAAGAACAGGAGUACUUGUGGCACCUUAGAGACUAACAAA